GUUAACGCCCCUAAAUUAUCCAAAAAUUGGAGCCCAUCACUUGCUACUUAAACGCCGAGUAACGAUGUUAUAAUGAAUCGAUUUUAAGCGAGACAACGCAGAAGAGAAAAAGAAGCAAUGAAGACCCUUUGCUUUUCACCACUUCUGGCGCUUUUGUUGGGUUGCCAUUUGUACUUUUGUGGAUCAGCAUUUGCAUCAUAUAGUAAUUCCGGAUCACUUCAGGCUAUGUGUAGGAUGCAUCCCAACACUCGAACAGCAUCGGGCAUGCCUUGUGUAUAUGGCCAGAUUAUUUUUAAACAGUCUGGAUCAAAGGAGAAACUGAAUGUGACUUUCAGACUCCAUGGCCUCCCUGUCGACAGUAAACAGCCUAGAGCAAUGCACAUUCAUGAGUAUGGAGAUUUGAGCAAGGGCUGCAAUUCUACAGGUGGACAUUACAAUCCCCUCAGAAUAAACCAUCCAGGGGAUUUUGGAAACUUUGUUCUGAAAAAUGGAAAGAUUUGUCAGUCACGGCAUUUUAAUGCAACACUCUUUGGAAAGCUCCCAAUAAUUGGCCGGUCUGUUGUUAUACAUGAGGGAAAUGAUGAUUUGGGGAGAGGUGGAAAUGCCGAAAGCCUGUUAAAUGGCAAUGCUGGACGGCGACUGACAUGCUGUGUUAUCGGACUGGGCAACCCUAGAAAUUAAAUACUCCCUACAUAAAAAAGCUUUUUCACGUUUUCCACAUGUCUCAUUAUACACCCUGCUGAAAAGUCUAAUGGUUUCCAUUACAAAUGUCAUUUUAAACCGUCUGCUGUUUACCAUUAACCUUUGUUGUGUGUUUGGGAUUAUUCCAGAAGUAUUUAAAACUGUCAACAAAUGAUCCACAAGUUUCUGAAAGGUUGGUUCCUAUCUGCCAGAUAACAAAAUUACCAUGGCAGCUUCCAUUAUAACCAUUACAGUUUCCAUUAAAACCAUUAGAAUUCCUAUGAUGGUUUAUAUUUUUAUUUGGAAUUAAAAUGUUUUUUAUUUAUUUAUUAUUGCUAUAGCACUGCAGUGUUGCAUUUUUCAAAACGUCUGUUCUUUAUUUGGCACUAAACAAAUAUUAAAAUGUCCUGAAUAAACCAGUAUUUUUCAGUUGUCAGUAUUACUUAAUUUUAUUGUUACAACUAUUAGUGCUUUCAUGUACACACGAUAGCCUUUAGAAAUAAAUAUUUU